AUGGCCCUGAAGCUGCACUUGAAGCGAGCUGUUGACUCGAGUCUUGCCAAUAUCCACGUGUCCUAUGACAAACCCAUCACCACAGAGGUCGCGUUCACGUAUGGUCCUUGCAAGGCUAAGACUCCGGGAGAAGCGCACCAUCUUGUUGCCCGGUCCAAUUCCUGUGACCACGAUAGGCUUUUGUGGAAAGUCCCCGAAGACACUCCCACGGGCCAUUGUCUCUCAGCAUGGGACGCAAGACAGAACCUUCUUGGGCGAAGUGCUCCGGUGUCCAUUGCACCUAACGCAAAGACCAAGCGCAGACGCCUCAAAAAGCGCCAGGCCGACUUCUCCAUCCAGAUGGACAACUCGAGCGGUAUUGAUGCGGAAGGUCCAUGGUUCGACGGAGUAGUUGCCCUCAAGAACAAAGAGAUCAGUGCGGUCAAUGUCCAAGAAGCAAAAUCCAAAGAAAUCGCCAUCGUCGGUGCUGGCAUGGCUGGUCUCAUGACUUGGUUGGCCCUCAACCAAUCCGGCAUGACAAAUCUUUCUCUUAUCGAAGCAGCUCAGCGGCUGGGCGGAAGGGUCCAUACUGCUUACUUCGGCGACCCAAGUGAGAGACAGUAUCAAGAAAUGGGCCCAAUGCGUUUCCCACUAUCGUACACGUCAUCUGAGACGAACCAGACGAUCCAGAUCCAAGAUCACCGCAUUGUUUUUGAUCUGGCUGCUGAAGUCAACAGACUGAACAAUAACAAUACCAAUUUCACGGUCAAUUUCAUCAAAUGGUACCAAAGUUCGCCAAAUGGACUAUACUACAUUAACGGCGCUCGGAAACCCAACGGUCAAGUUCCGACGGUGUCAGAAGUGCGAGCGAAUGCAUCAUUGCUUGGGACGACUUCUUCUCAGCCAGACGACCCCAAGCUGGAUGCACUUGACGAGCAGCUGAACGUUAUCUACGAAAACGGUAGUUUCAUCGACCAGAUGGCUCGAAACAUAUACAUGGCGCAUAAGACAUUCCUAGACCAAGGACUUGGUGGAUUGGGUGGCGACGACUUUUCCGAAUUCGCCUAUGCUCACAAUGUCCUGGGUUAUGCGCUGAAUGAGACCUUCGUUGAGCUCGGAGGUUCUGGAAGUGAGAGUUUUUGGGAUAAUCUCUUUGAAUCAAUGUACUUCUCCGCAACUGACUGGAGGACGAUUGAUGGUGGCUUGACCCGUCUUCCCAGUGCCUUUCACCCUCUUGUGGACGAUGUGACGUUCAUGAAUCGCAAGAUCCAGCGUGUUCAAUACAACGAGAGCACCAAGAAGGUGACAUUGCAAUGGAAGGCCAAACCACUCGACAGUACGUUCCAGAACGCAAGCUAUGACCUAGCGGUCGUGACUGUUCCUAUGCCGCUCGUCCGAACCUGGCGUCUCCCGGCGUUCUCGGAUCUUCUUAAGACGGCCAUCGACAGCUACCCUUACUCCCAAGUAUGUAAGGUGGCACUCCAGUUCAAGACCCGCUUCUGGGAGCAUUUCGAGAACCCCAUCUAUGGCUCCUGCAGCACGACCACCGAUAUCCCCGGUAUUGGAAGCAUCUGCUACCCAAGCUACGAUAUCAACUCGACUGGGAUGGGGGUCAUGCUCGCAAGCUACACAUCCUCUGACGACGGGCUGCGCUGGCCGUCGAUUCCGGAGGACGUUCACGUCCAAUAUGUCGUGGACGCCAUGGCCGAGAUUCACGGCCCUGUGGUCUACGAGCAGUAUACUGGGGCCUUCAACCGGCGCUGCUGGGUGCUGGAUCAGUACGAGACCAUUAGCUGGGCUAGCCCGGACAUUGGAAUGAGGAAGGCGUUCAUCCCGGCCUUUUUCAAGACGGAGCAGGGUAUCAUUAUGAGCGGCGAAGGGACCAGCUAUACCAGCUCUUGGAUCUCGAGUGCUCUGGAGAGUGGCGUUCGAGCGAGUGUCCAGCUCCUUCUUGAGUUGGGCCUGGUCGACGAAGCAAAAGCCGUUGAGAUUUCUCUCCCUCGAGAGGUCCUUGCUUAUCUCAUGCGGAACCCCGAGGCCUGUCGCGUGUUUGCCAUUCAAAGGAAAGAGACAAUGUCGGGAGACGACACGACAUCGAGGGCGAGCAUGUUCCUGCCCCUACUCCUGCCCCUGCUGCUAUGCCCGUUCUUCUUCAUCCUUUACCCAGGCGUCAACAAGCUGGUCGCUUACAAGAGAGAUUCGGCGCUUGCCCAUCGCAUGCAUUGCAUGCCACCUCCAGAGCUCCCGAACAAAUGGCCCCUGGGGAUCGAUUGGGUGCGUGGAUUAUGGACCUCGAAUGCUGAAGGUCGUCUUCUGCCGUUCCUCUGCUCCAUCGCAAAGGACUAUGAGCCUCGCAAUAUGCUUUCUCAAUACCUGCUCUUUGGCCCUCGUACCUUUCACAUCCUCGAACCCCGGAAUCUAGAGGCCGUCUUGUCAUCAAACUUUGCAGAUUACGGCUUUGGAGUCCGCGCAGAGAUUUUCGCUCCUCUCCUGGGCCGGGGUAUAUUUACGCAAGAGGGUGCUGCCUGGAAACAUUCCCGGGAACUUUUGCGCAAGCAAUUUGUCCGAGCACAGUAUCAGAAUCUCAGCCACUUCCAAGAACAUGUUGACAAUCUGUUGAGCCGUCUCCCGGAUCAGGGAGUGGUUGAUCUGCAACCCUUAUUCUUUAGCCUCACCUUGGACACAACUACUGCUCUGUUGAUGGGAAAGUCGGUCUACAGCCUGAGAGCAGAUAUCGAUCAAGACGCCGAAAAUCGAGACUUCUCCAAGAGCUUCAAUCUGGCCCAAGAAGGGCUUGCAAAGCGGUUCCGCAUCGCUCCAUGGCACACUUUGUAUAACCCACCAGCCUUUCGGCGAGCUUGCAAAACUGUCCACGCCUAUGUGGAACGUUACAUCGAGCAGAGGCAUAUCUCCAACGAGAAGAGCCAAGACGCGUACAGCUUCAUUGACCAGAUAGCCAAUGAGUCGAAAAGCCGAACCGAGCUGAGAGACCAGCUUCUGAACGUCCUUCUCGCAGGUCGGGAUACGACGGCCUGUUGUUUGUCGUGGACAUUCACGCUGAAAGUUGUCAUGGGACCAAGUCGUCUUCUUGUUCGCCAUCCUCAGGUUAUGAAACGCCUGCGAGCAGAAGUUACCACUGUCAUGGGCGACGGUAUACAUCCGUCGAGAGAACAGCUCCGUAAAAUGCCGUUCCUCGCGUGCGUCAUCAAGGAGAGUCUUCGCUUAUAUCCGCCAGUGCCUCUGAACAACCGGCAGGCUAUCAAAACGACCCUCUUACCAACGGGUGGAGGACCUGACGGGAAGCAAAUGAUUCUGGUCAGAAAAGGUGAAGUAGUCGUGUUCUCACAGUACGUCAAUUCCCGUGUAAAGAGCAUAUACGGGUCGGACGCAGACGACUUUCGCCCCGAAAGGUGGGAGGACAACGGACUCGCAAAGAUUGGCUGGGCAUAUUUCCCCUUUAACGGCGGACCGAGACAGUGUCUGGGCGAAGAUUUUGCACUUAUGGAAGUCUCGUAUACCAUAGUGAGGCUGCUUCAGGCAUGUUCCAGCCUUGAUUUGCCGGACGGCGAGAUCGUUGAACGUCUAGGCCAGGAGAAACAAAGGUUGACGCUCGUUUUGUCAAGCGCCGACGGCUGUAGGGUCAAGUACGUCCGACGAUAG